AUGGCUGUUACAAGUAAUUUAUCACCUACGUUCAGAACAAAAACAUAUCGUUCAGAUGGAAAUACUCUAAGGAAUUCUACAAACUACAAAUUUCGUGUACAAAGUGCUCCACCACUUUCAUUACAACAAUUUGCUCGUUCAGCUGCUGCUCCUAUUGGUGCUGAAAAAUGGCAACCAAGUGGUGCCUAUCAUGAACCUACUUUUCAUGCAUAUUUAUCACCUGAAAUACGAACGAAACCAGCAAAACCUCCAGUUCAACCAUGGAUUUAUGCUUAUAGACGAAAAAAUUCUAUACCUACUUACACAUUGAAAAAUUAUAAAGACCCAAAACCUAAACCAUCUGAACCUACAUGGCAUCCUCCAGGUCGUUACGUACACAAACCAACAACAUCACUUAGUCCGGAAAGACGAAAACAAAAACCUAUUCAUGAACCUGUUUGGCAACCACCUGGAAAAACACAAUAUGAGCCCGUACCUUAUUUUGAUCCACCUAAUUUAAGAUGGUCACUUCGCGAACUUAUAAAAUCUACGCCUCGUCUGCAAACAAAAACUCUUCGUACAUCUAGAAGUGUAUCAGUAAUGAAUAGCUAA